CGAGAAUUUACUUAUGGCCAAGUUCCAAGGCGCACGGGUGCGAGCUGAUGCGCGUAUGAUCAGGCUGCAGCCCACCUGCAGUGUUGGCACUCUUCAACAGUCUUGGGUUGUCACUGACGAACUCAACUACCCAUGACGCCGAUUUCCUCGCUGAAUCACCCUUAUCCUCAUGUCAGUCGAUUCAGGACGACGUCAUAUUGAUCACGAACCCCAGGCAGGAAUUUUUCGAAAACGUAUAUCACAACUUCGAGGAAAUCUUCGCCAUGUUUCAAAGCGUUGACGUCUUGGGCAGGCGCCUGUCGGAUUUCCGAAUUUUCGUUCUAAAAACUACCGGUAAGCAGGAUGGCGUGCCCAGCGUCGUCGAAAUCGGUGGAGCCGUCCCAUACGAUGGCAACGCGUCACAAAUCUCAAAGAAUUUGAUGGAGCUUUGGUCCGAAUUGACAAAGCCAGGGCAUCGUGAUCCAAUCAAAGGCGCCAGCUUGUGCUUCAAGGGCUCCGUGAUUAUCCCUAUGAAGGCUUGCAAGGGCGAGCUCUUGACGCAGACAUGGAAGCCAGAUCUCGACAUUCGUUAAGGCUCCCAGAAAUCCAUCCGCCAUCGCGUGAGAGACAGACGAUCUGACCCGGGACUUCCAAAACAAAGAAAGCCGGCAGACGGUGGACGCCUCUCAGGAUGGCUAGCUGGUUCUUCCAAAAUUAGGAGAAAAACACGCUGGCCACGCAGUACCGCCGCCGUAUCAUCGAUCAGCUGCAGAUCGACACUUCACAAGAAAAACGGCCGGCGCAUAGGAAGAAGAUCAUGGUUACAGUGCGCAGCCAGACCAGGAAAUUUGAAGGACAGGCCCUCGACUCAAUUGUGCGGGGCUUGCAAAGCGCGACAGGUGCAGAAGUUGUGGUGAGAGAUUUUGCGGACCAAACCGAGCUACAAACGAUCCGGGAAGUUCACAGCUGCGACCUUCUCAUAGGAAUGCACGGCGCCGCCUUGACACAUGCCUUUUUCUUGCCGGAGGGAGGCAGCCUGGUGGAGAUUACGGCGUAUCCACCGCCGGUUCGUUGGCGAUCGGUGGCAAACAUUUACAUGAACUUGGCGGCCUGGACUGGUCGGCAGUACAAAGCGGUGCACGCAUUGGAAAAAGGCGCUUACUUUGCUUUCGAUGUUCAGUCAGUGGUGAAUGCAGCCGAGGGGCUUCUUGCUUCUAGAAGUGGAGGGCUCUAGGAGCGACAGGGGGUCGGGCAAUCGUGGAAACAGCAGGAUAAUUAUGUUCCCGGAACGCGUUCCUCCGAAGACUGUCCAGCGUGGAAACAGCAGGAUAAUUAUGUUCCCGGAGCGCGUUCCCCCGAAGACUGUCCAGCUUGUUGCGCCUCGGCCUCAAGUCGGCUGGAGCUCCAAAGGGCGGGCUGACAAAUGAGCGGGGAGGGGAGGCACAACAACAGACCGCCUCAACAAGCGUGAGGCGCUGCCGCGUGAAAAUAGCAGGGGCUGGGCCUUGUAGCAAAAGCGAUAGAUAAAGAGGCGAAGUGAGCAAGGCGCUUUUAGCUCACUUGCGAUGCCCUUUGCUUACUCUUCUACGUACUCUAGUAGCUGUAGAUACCUGGCAUAUGUCAUUAUAGGCGGGAAAGGAUAUGGAAUUAUCUGUGAUGAGGAGUCUGUGACAUACUAAGAAACUACAGAAGGCAAGUCACUCCUGAGUCAGGGAAGGCGCAGAGGAGCAGAGUGACUCACUGAGUUGCACUGGUUGACUUUCUCAAAGCUUAGUAGGCUUAUCUGAGAAUGUCAAUCCAAAUUUAUGGACUUAAAACGAAAUUUAUAACGCCCAUGCUUUGUUGUAGUCCCGCCCCAUUCGUAAUUGCUGUGCUCCGCUUAGGUGCGUGCACCUAGUCAACCUCAACUACGCUGACG